AUGUCGAUUGUUUUGGUAGCUGAUAUAGGAGGAACUAACUCUCGCUUUGAGUUGCUCUCCUUCGAAAAUGGAGAAUGCACAGUUUUGAAGCCUUUAGAAAGCAUAAGUUCUCACAGCUUUGAAGAGUUUAUUCCAGUAAUUAAAGCUUUUCUUGCUGGUCAGCCAACUCCAAGCAUUGGAGUUUUUGCAAUUGCAGGGCCUAUUAAAGGCAACAGUGUUACUUUUGUCAAUACUGGUUGGCCUCCAUGCACAACAGACGCUAUUACUAAUGAAGUGGGAAUUGAAAAAGUUGUGUUUCUCAACGAUUUCCAAGCAGCUGGCUACGGAGUCUUAGAUUUAAAGCCAGAUCAAGUCAUUCAGUUAAUUCCAGAAGUAAGGCCAGUUGAGCAUUCUCCAGUCGUAGUCAUUGGACCUGGUACUGGUCUUGGAUUUUGCUUUUUAACGUGAAAUGGGCGGCAUUAUGAUGCAUGGGGCACUGAAGGAGGACAUUCUGACUUCGGUCCUAAAACUGAGCUGCAGUGAAAGUUCUCUAUGUAUAUGCUUGAAAGGGUAAGAGGAGCCUGCCAAAAAGGCGAAGAGUACCCACAAUUUGAAGGAGUCCAAGCAGCAAACCAAGAGCUGGUGCUUGCAGGAGUUGGAGCCUAUAACCUUUACCCAUUUAUGAGAAGAGAAUUUCCUGAAUUGAUCAAUGAAGAAUUUGACAGACUAUUUGAAAGCAGUCCAGGAGAAAGAAUGAAGCUAAUCAUGGAAUACGGAUUUUCAGGAAGAGACCAGCUAUGCCAAAAAUCAGUAGAAAUGUGGCUUCAAAUGCUCGGAUACGAAUGCGGAAACGCAAUCGCUAAAGCCUUGCCUUAUGGCGGAUUCUAUUUAAUUGGAGGUCUGGUUACUAGAAAUGCUGAAAAUAUAGCCCGAAGCCAAAUUUUCAAAGAGGCUCUAUAUGCUAAGCCUCCUCAUAUCAGAGCAGCUAUUAACAGCUGUCCUUUCUUUAUUGUGAACCAUGAAGACUGUGGGAUGCUUGGAGUCAAGAAAUAUGCCAAGAAUUUACUUAACAUCGCUUAA